AUGAAGACCACCGCACCAGUAGCACUCCUCCUGCUGACGCUCCUACUAGCCGCCGGCGCAGCCAAAGGUACCCUUGCGGUGGAAUCUCCUCGUUCUUCUAUAUUGGACGUUAUAACGAUAUGAUGUCAGCUGUUCUCUCUCAUCUGUAGGCAUUCGUAGGGGAGGAGGGACCUCAGCCGUGUUACAGAGAAACGUCCAGGUGGGUCUCCGGUUUCCGCCAUUCUUCCCUCUGAAGAUGGGAGCUCUUGAUAGAUAAGAGCGCGAGUUUUUUUUUAUCGCAGGAGGAGAGAGAAAGCCCAGCGGGAAGAGAUGAACCCUGGGAGCCGGAGAAGAAGAGGAUGAUGGCCGUGCCAGAAGGGAGAGGAGCACACGAGGAUCUGCCGGUCUUCAAUGAAGACUACUACGGCCCCAGGAACCACAACCCUAAGCACCAUUAA